CUUUUUUUUCCCCGUCAGUCAGUCAGUCUCCUUGGGCUUGUGCAACUGUGAAAAUGUGCGGAGCAUCGUCGUCUACGUCGUCGUGUGGAUUGUGAAAAUAGAGACCUUUUUUAUAUGUAUAUUAUUUUCAUUUCGUUUAAUUUGUUUACGCGCUCAUUGGCCCGCCUAUCGUGUGAAAUCUUGUAGAUACUUUGGCCAAAUCGAAACCGCACUAAUUGUGCGUGGGCCAGCAGCCAUGCCCGAGUGAAUUAUCCGCCACAGAUUGGCCACUAUCUCAAGUGCAUUCGUAUAUGUAUCUCGCUCACUGUGUAUCUGUGUAUCUGUGCCUCUGUGUCUGUGCCUCAGUGUAUCUUUCAACGAACAAAGCGACAAAGGGAAUGCUCUUUGAACACCACAAAUAUUUGGAUUAUCUAAUACUAUAAAUUGGAUGGAAGGAAAAAACUUUUAUAAAUAGAGCGGUGGAAAGAAAAAAACAACAAAAGAAAUCAAAAUGAAAAGUGCAGCGGCAGCAGCAAAUACCAACAAAAUGUGUAACCAAUCAAUGGAGUUUUGAACCCUUAAAAAAUCACCAAAGCCAAUAUCCAAAAAUAACCAAAAAAAUAAGGAAAAUCAUCAGAAGCAGCAGAAUCUGGCAACAGCAGCAUUGAGAGUCACUGCGUUGGUCCAGAGACCAGAAAUAAAUCCACCGGCAAAGGCGGGCCUUCUUGCAACUAAAUGUUGUUGCUCUUGUUGGCCUUCAUCAUGCGAUUCGUAGACAUUUCCAAACGCUGUGCGGCCUGCUCCAGGGCCGGCAUCGAUUGCCAGCACGGCAGCAACAUGGCGCACAGCGAUGCCAAUGGCAAUGCGGCGACGGCGGCCUGCUGGCAACAUGUUGCCACCAGCAAACAGAGCAACAGCAACAGCAACAGCAGCAGCACCACCAGCAGCGGCUGUGAUAGCAAUAGCUCCUCCAAAGAGAACUACUAUGCACCACAGCAGCAACAGCACCAGCGGCACCAACAGCAACAUUUGCAACAGCAACAGCAACAUUUGGGUGUGACACCGCAGCAACUAGAGCAGAUACGCUUCUAUCAGCGCAUGCAGCAGCAGCAAUUGCAACUGUUGCAGCAACAACUAAUGCAACGGCGUCGCCUGCAGCAGCAACUGAGGGAUCAGGGUGUGCCAGCCAAACAGACCACAACCACAGCGGGUUUGACCUGCAAUCAACAGUAUUUGAGGCAGCAGAGAAUGCAGCAACAGCAACAACAGAUGCAACAGCAGCAACAACGAUAUCUGGACAACAGCAACAUUGAUCAUGACUAUCUAAACAACAAUAUUAACAAUUGCUACAGUAAUCCGAUUCUAGGCCAAGGAAACUUGAAACUUCGACGUGGCAUGACCGAAUUCUCAACAAACAACGAUCACAAGCAACCGCAUUUCAUCUCCGCAUCUCAGCAGAAACCGCUCCAGAAUUCACCCAUUCACCAGACUAAUCCCAAGCCGCAUCAUCAUCAUCCUCAACCGCUUCAACGCUUUGCCCAACAGCAGCAGCCACAGCAACAACAGUAUCUUCAGCAGACCCUGCCCCAAGGCCAGCAAGAGAACGGCAACACGGCUGCCCACAUUGGCCUAGGAUCGUCGCCACAUUCCCCGCUCGGCUAUAGGAAUCCCCUCAAUAGUCCCACCGGCAAUACGGCGGGUAAACGCUACCAGCAACAGCUGACCGAUCGCCUGCUGCAGCAGCAACAUCUGCAACACUGCCAGCAACAGCAAUUGCAGUCGCUGGGUGGCGGCGGCGGCAGCGGCGGCAGCGGCAGCGAUGAGGAGUACGACACCAAGGACGAACUGAGCGAGGAGAGCCUCAAGCAGAAUGUGGCCAUUGUCCUGAGCAAUCUGGAUCGGUACAACAACGCUUUGCGCAGCUUAAUACUGAAUGAGCAGGUGAGCGGCGGCGGCGGCAGCCUCGGCGGUGGCGACGGCGGCAGCAGCAGCCUCUUUCUCGACAGCAACAGCAGCAGCAGCCUGCUCUUUGGCUGCGACAACGAUACGAAUCAGCGUUGCAACAACAACAACAACAACAACAACCAUAACGUGUGGGGCAAGAUGGCAGCCACACCGGAAUCGGACUACAACAGCAAUGCCACAACGCCAGGGGGCAGGAGUGGCAGCGAUCAGCAACAGCAACAGCAACAACUUGGGGUAGGUGCAACGCUUUGUGGUGGUGUAGGUGGUGGUGGUGGUGGUAUACGGGACUCUAACGGUGGUGGUGGCAACUGCUCGCUGGCCUCCUCGCACGACUUUACUCACGACAAUUCCGAUUAUCAGUGGUUCCUGGACUACGGCUAUCGGGAUGGCUGCAGCGGCAUGCAGCGCAGUGUUCUCAGCUCCCUUUCGGCCUCCUACAAUGCCAUGGGGGAUCUCAUCUACUACGAGGAUCUGGCCAAGAAUCUGGACGCCAAUCUGGCCGAGGUCGAUAUGGAGAGUUUUCGUGCCGAGGACAUACACUCGCUGUUGUCACAGCUGCCGGCCUACUGCAAGAGUCUGGGCGGUGCGAAUAGUCGACUGCAACAGUCGCUGCUACACCAGCAGCAGCAGCAGCACUUGCAACAACAGCAGCAACAGCAGCAGCAGCAGCUAGAGCACAGCAGCAACAGCAACAACACGAUGAUGAUGAUGCCGCACAACAUGAUGUCGCAGACAUCGACGACAUCCACCAACGAGCUGAUCGACAACUCGUUCUGCAAGUCGGAGCUGCUGUUCUCGCCCGUCCGUGAGUCGCACAUCUCCGUGGACUCGCUGGACAUGGACGCGUAUCCCGAUGAGGGCGAGAUAAUACUCACCUGCAACAAGGACAACUAUACCAUAGCCUUCGAGGGCAGCGUACUCUACUCGGACGAGAGUUUCUAUGAACCCAAUGACAUGGCCAUGAGGAGGAGCAAACAGAACUGCAUCAAUUUGCACAGCAAUCUGGAGGAUAUUGUGAAGCGCAACAAGGCCCUGGAGGUAUCGAUGUCACGCUCGGCCCAGGCCUUUCAGCCCCUGGGUCCAACCAUGUCGCCCAAGGGCGCCACAGGAGCGGCAGGAGCCACGGCCAAACUACAGCGACGCUCGUUGUUUCUGGUUUCGCCCGCACGCAGAUAUCCGUCGGGCAACAACAACACGGAGACCAUUACCAUCACAAGACAUCUGCCGCAGUGCAGCGUCAGGAAGAGCAGCAGUCUGCCGAAUCUGCAGAGCGAAGAGGCAGUGCCAAGGCCAGAGCAGGAGGAGCAACAGCAACAGCCACAGUCGCAGCGAGUGGAUCAGGGAGCACCUUUGAAUGUCUCGCAGGCGAUCAGCACCUCGACGAUGGAGUCGUGCAAGUCGCGAUCGAGAAAUCUGCUGCCCAUGUGCCAGAUGCCCAUAUCCAUAAGCGUUUCCAUAUCGGAGAGACUGCAACAGCAGGCAGAGCUGCAGCAGCAGCAACAGCAACAGCAGCAGCAGCAACAGCAGCAGCACCGUCACAAGCAUCAUCGCUGCAGUUGCUCGCACGAGAGUCAGAACUUCUGUUCGGGGUCUGUGUCCUCGGGCAACUCCUCCAAUCCGCCGGCCUUCAAUCUAGUCAAGCUCUUCAUCAAACAGAAGAGCACCAGCAGCGGCCACGAGGAGCCGCUAAUGGCCCAGGCCAGCGCCCACACCUGUAUGGAUGUCUCGUCGGGCUGUUGGCCCUCCAGCGAUGCGGCCAGCUCGAGCAGUGGCUCGCUGGAGCAGCGUCUGCGCAAGAAGAGCAUGAACGACUCGGGCAAGGGUUCGGCGGUCAGUCGUCACGACGAGGAGGAGGAGGAGCACCACCACUAUGCGGAUCAACAGACGCCCCCCAAGCAGCGACAGCUGCGCGCUCGUUCCGAGGCGGUGUUCUAUGACGAUGCGGCCAGCUCGAGUUCCACGGGCUCCCUGACGGCCACCAAUUCGCCGGCCCAUCGGCGCCGUAGUAUGCCGUUGCGGAAUCCACAGCUCUAUCAGCUGGCGGCAGCCCAGACCUCGACGGCCAGCCAGAUGUCGUCGGAGGCCAGCACCGAGGAGCAACUGACGCAGGUGCCACGACGAGCAGGCGCCGAGGCGGCGUCCACGCGCCCCCUGUCCUGUGCCUCCAGUUCGGAGAUGAUAACACGCUCCAUGCAGACAUCCUGCGGUUCGUUGAGCACCACCCGGAGCAGCCUGAGCGAGAGAUACCGAUGCGUGCCGCCCUCGUUCCUGGAGAAGCUGAACAACCUGGGGGAGCAGCGGCAGGCGCCCAUCUACGUGAUCUAUCCGAACUAUGCGCUGCCCGACUUGGGCUUUGUGAAGACCACAGCGGCCACCCCGGACGUGAUCUUCUCGCCGUUCAACUACAAGAUGACGCUGGACGGAGCCGCCACCAGCAGCGGAUCGCUCAAGAAGCAGCGCAGCAGCAACAGCUGCAGCAGCCGGCAGAGCCUCAACGAGGACGAGCUCCUGAAGACGCUGGACUACAAGCACAUAGCCGACUGGCAGUCGCUGGCCACCCUGUUGCCGGUGGAGUAUCGCCGGCGGCUGCAGCACAUUCCCGAGGUGAAGCAGCUGGUACGACAACUGGAUGCGGAUCUCGCCCAGCGACCGCUGUUCUGUAUGUCGCCGCCGUUGCGCAGGAACCGCACACACAUCUGCGAUUGUGCCAAGUACUUCCAGCAGACGCAGACGGGCCACACCCAGCCGCUGCUGGACGAGGGCUCCAGCUCGGGGUCCAGCCAGCCGCCCAGCUCCGGCUAUCGGGGCUCUUCCACGCUGCUAACCGACUCCGAGCUGGACGCCGAUGCGGAUCCGCUCAAGCAAAUGUAUGUCUACCAGUACGAUCAGCAGCAGCAGCAGCACACGACGCCGCCGCAGCCCAUGCCGAGGAGCAUCUUGCGCAAGGCAAACUCUGCCCAGGCGCGGACCAAGCGCAAUUCCAUGAUCGAGGGCGGCCAGCAGACGCAGAAGAUGUCCAAGCUGGAGAAGCGACGCAGCCUGCAGGAGCCGCCCUACAACUACGCCCUGGGCUCGACCGAUGAGCUGGCCGAUGUGUUUGAGGAGGAGGAGCAUAGCCAGGCACAGGUCCAGGCACCGGCAGCGAAGCAGCGCCUCUCCCGCAAGGAUCUGGACGCCCGGGCACGGGCCGAGAACUUCCUGGCCAGCCUGCCACGCUCCGAACUGAAGUAUUAUGCGGAGAUUGCCUCCAUUCUGGAGACAUCCGGCGAGCAGGUGCAAUACGAUGCGGCUGCCCUCAAGAAGGAGGUGAGUCGCGUGCUCAGCCAGCAGAAGAAGGUGUCGUUCACCGAUGAGGCGGCCACCUUGACGGCGGCCCUCGCUGGGGAUGCCAAGCGCUUCUCGACGCCGCCCAAUUCGCCCAACAUUUCCAUGGCGGCCGCCCUGCAGCGACGCGAGACCCUCGACGUGCUCGAGCAGCGGAAGAUCGAGAGCAAUCGCUUCAAGCGGCUGCAGAUACAAUGGGAACUGAUGAGCAAAGACUCGAGCAUGCUCAAGGAGCUGGCCAGCGAGGCGGCGACCAAGAGUGGCGGCUCCACGCCCACAUCCACCAAUUCGACGGGCUCCAAUUCGGCGCCAAGAUCAAGGAUACCCCGACCAGUCAGCUAUCCAGCAGGAAGAAGUUCCACACCCACAUCGACGCGCACAGCGGCCCCUGCGGUGGCCAGUAGUCCCUCCACAACACCCAAGACUGUCACUAAAAGCCACAACAAAACUCUGUCUCUUUUGUCCUCCCCGCGUUUGAAUAGACUAAGCAGCGCCCAGAAGGAUGCCGCCAAUGGGUCAGGCAAGGCCGGCGGCAGCAGCACACGAUCCCCGAGUCGCAUAGUGCAACCGAAGCGGUACAGCCUGGCGGGCACCCCGACACACACACCCCCAUCAGCAGCAAGGGCGCGCACGCCCACCAAUCGAGUGGCAGUCACGGCGCCCAAUACACCAAAGCGUCAGGCGGGAGUUGCCCCAUCGCCCAGACCCACCUCGCGAGUGCGUUGAGCGUCCACACCAGGUCCAGUCAUACCCCAAUUAGUCAGCGAUUACUCAACAACAACAAAAACAUAAUCAACAAAAACAAAAACCGCAAUGAAACAUUGUAAAAUUCUAGACUAAGGCUUUGUGUGCGUGCGGCUCUACUGCUUAAAACCCCUGGAAAGUGAUAUAUAGAGGAAACCGUGAGCUAAGGAGAGAUGGAGGGGCGGCGAGGGGAAGAUUGAAAGGUCCGACAGUGCUAGUACUAGGGUACCUCCUGAUUGAUAUUGAUAUUUUUUGUUGCGGGAAAGUAGCUGAAUUUUUCAUUUUCUACUGAAAAUCUAUACAUAUGCCAAGUACGCCGUAAACAAAUAUUUUGAUGUAUAUACACACACACACACAGACACAAGCAUAUACAUAAACAUAUGUAUACAUAGACGCUUUUCCCCCCCAACCCCCCACAGUAGCUACUCAAAAGAUACACGGAUACGCAAUACAAAAAGAAAUUGUAUAAAAUAUUUUCUAUAAAAAUGGCAGCCUAUACGUAUAGCAAAUAAUCGACCAGCAGCCAAAAAAGGCAUAGAACAAUACAUAAUCGAGGAUUUGCGGACGGCCCUUAGCUUGAUUUAUGAUUUAAUCGCAGGCUCAAGUAUUUUUUGGUUGCUUGACUUUUAUUUUAUGCCGAGACGAAACGAGCCCUUUGCUGCGCUCAAAGUGAUUUCAAAUUGUACGAUAUAUUGAUUACUAUUAAACUUACCACUUACUUUCAUUUGUAACUAUUUAAAGCCUAUCUAUCUAUCUAUCGCUCUAACCGCUGUAACCACUCUAUCUCUAUGACAUAAAUAUAAUUUUGUAUUUAACUGCUGGAAGACAUCAAACUAAUUUGUAA